AUGACACACCUUCCUACUAAGUGGGCUGAGCGUAAAGACAAGCUGUACAUCACUCUUCAAGUGAGUGGGGCCACAGAUGUUGAUAUUAAGUUCACAGAGAAGACCAUCAGCAUCACUGGAAAGGGUAUUACCCCGAAAUCCUCAGAACCACAUGAUCUGAAGGACGAGAUCACACUGCUCAAGGAGAUCGUCCCUGAGAAGUCCACCUUCAAGGUGUUAGGUGUUGCCAUCCAGGUGUGCGCUGAGAAGAAGGAGGAGGGGUACUGGAACAAGCUCGUGGACCAGCCAACCAGCCGCACAGCCAAUUGGCUCUCCGUUGACUGGAACCUCUGGAAGGACGAGGACGACGAGGAUGAGGCCCCUGCCGGCUUUGGCGACUACGGCGAUCUCUCCAACAUGCUGAACAUGGGCGGUAUGGGCGGCAUGCCUGGCAUGGGUGGCCUGGGCGGUAUGGAAGGCAUGGAGGGCAUGGACGACUCCGAUGAUGAGGAGGAGGAGGGCACGGCCGAGGCCCCAGCCGCAGACCUCAAGGAUCUCGACAAGUAA